AUUGCACAUCUUGGUUGACACUGAGCAUCUAGAUCCACGGCGGCAGCAUGAUUCGAAGACAAAAUCGACAGCGGAGGGACUACCUCUACCGCAGAGCGCUCCUGCUGCGAGAUGCCGAGAUCAGCGAGAAACGGGCCAAACUUAGGGAGAGCCUUGCGACUGGCAAGCCUCUGGACCGCUCCAUCGCCAACGAUGAGCAAUUGAGGAAGGACUUUCAGUAUGAUGAAGCACGCCCGGAACACAAGGAUCAGUUGGACCUCGAUGAUGAGUAUGCGGCGCUGUCCGGCAUUGUUGAUCCUCGAGUCCUGGUGACAACCUCUAGAUCGCCCUCCAGUCGCCUGGCCGCCUUCUCCAAGGAGAUACGGUUGUUGAUGCCCACGUCGAUUCGCCUAAAUCGAGGCAACACUAUUCUACCCGAGCUGGUUCGUUCUUGCAACAGCCGGGGCUUGUCAGAUAUAGUCCUGCUACACGAGCAUCGAGGUACACCGACUGCCAUGACAGUCUCCCACCUACCACACGGGCCGACCGUUUCAUUCUCUCUACACAACGUUGUGCUCAGACAUGAUAUUCCUAACAGUCUGCGUGGGACUGUCUCUGAAAGCUACCCCCAACUCAUCUUCGAGGGCUUCACCACGCCGAUCGGCCAGCGGGUUGUCAAGGUUCUCAAGCACCUCUUCCCCCCUCUUCCAGCUGCCGAAAGCAAACCGAAGAGCGGCAGAGUCGUCACCUUCAAGAACGUGGAUGAUAUAAUCGAGGUCAGGCACCACGUCUUCGUCCGGACUUCCUAUGACUCCUGCGAGCUCAGCGAGGUAGGACCUCGCAUGAGUCUUCGACCUUUCGAAAUCCGUGGUGGUUCUCUUGAGAACAAGGACGGCGAUGUUGAAUGGCACCUCAACUCUUACACCCGUACGAGCCGGAAGAAGAACUUCCUCUGAGCGAGCGUCAAGAGACAGCAGUAGCAAAUCGAGCAGCAUGCAUGACGAUCAUACUGUUGGCGUUCAGAGCGGGAUCAAAGUGGCCUGCGGUAGGACUCCGGAGGGAGCCGGGCCCCGACAGGCUCACUUGGAGUUGUUCAGUCGAAGCGAAUGCCGGGCACAUCCGGGGGGUUGCUUGCAAAGUCGACACAGGCAGCUCAUGGCACCGAAUCGUUCUAGGCACGACGACGAGCAGCCACCGAGUCGGCGAAGAUUCGGACGUACUUGUCUCACAAUGGGAGUUUAAUCUGCGGAUCCGGCGAAUACGUGGCCGGUGUCACCCGCAUCAUCACGCGACGAUAAAUUAGACUGGCCGAUGUAGAUGGUACACUGAUCGUCCAUCACCUUGAAGCUCUUGCACUGGAAGCUGGUACUGCCUGGAGCCUGGUGGUUGAGGCUUGGCACAAGGGAAGAUUGGGCACGGCCUUGGGAGAAGUCCUUGCGGUCGGCUUCUCUAAUGGACUCGGACGCAGAGAUACCCUACACUACGAAUACAGGAAUGGCGCGCGGCGUUGGGUAUGUUUUGGUGUAUUGUGAUGCUUCUCUAGGGAACGUUCCGAGCGUCAGUCUCGGACGUGCUGGGAUUAGUAUCAAGGGAAUCUGCUGUGAAGGAUAAGGCGAUACAUCUCUUUUGCAAGAAGGACUCGAUAUGGUCCAGGAAAUUACAAAUUCGCCAUUGCCAUGCAUCACCACUUGUCUCAUGAUGUCGCUGCCUAUUUGACAGAGGACUCUCGGGCGGUUGCAAUUUGUCUGCCUGGUAAACGAUGUGUGGGGCUGUUGGCCGUUGCUGCGAGGAGGCCGAAACGGCAUCAACAUGUCAGCCGGAUGGCCUCAUCAUGGGAGUGGCUGAAGAGUCUUUUGAGUGACUGGGGACAUGUCCCGUCAUUGUAUGCAAGCUACAGUAACACAUAAAUCGGAAGGCUUGUCGGAAGAGGGGACACGCCAAAAGUUCACGGGCAGCGGCGAGGGCUGGCGGAGGUUGGUUGGUCGAUGAUAAGACGGGAGCAGUAAGCAUUGGAGCAUGGCUGGGUUCCGAGUAGGCUCGUAAUGGUCCGAGCUUGGGCUGAUCUGGGUGUCUGGAUGUGAUGCUGCCUCCAUAUUUUGACAGUCCGCAUGGGUCGGCGAGGGGCGUUCCUUCUAGUCAAUACGACGGUGAGUAGUCAAUCGCUCACUGGGAGGCCCCACAUGGCAUGUCUCUGCCACGGUCCCACCAUCAACCAGCCUUGGCUUUCUUAGUGAACAAGAUCUGAUGCCGGCGGUCUGAGGGACUGCCUCGGGAGCUUGGGUGGUGAGGACCUCGAGGCGGUGGAGAUCCCCCCUCCUCGGCGUGCAUCAACCCGGGGGAGGCUCCUAGAUAUGUGCACCACGUCGGGAGCACGGGAUCGGGCAGCGGAGGAGGCGACGACCAAGCUGUCUGAGCCCC